GUGACAACAUUAGUGUAAUUUGUCGUGUUCUCAUGUUGAUAUUCAGCAGUUUUAAUUAAUUAACGGUGUGAUAAAAGUGUAAAACAGUCUAUUGUUGUGUGACAAAAUAUAAAGGACUGUUUUACGUAUAGAAACAAAGCAAACAUAUUGAGAAUGAGUGAUAAAAAGGUUAACUUUGUGAACCCAGAUUGCUUGCCUGUAGAACAUGUGACUCUAACAGUAGAUAAUGCUGGCGUUGUUCGACAAAUUCCGGCUUUGGACCCAUAUUGGGUAGAGGACAGACUACUGAUUGUGUACGAGAAACCUCCAUUAGAUAGUGUAAUGGUGUUUGGUGCAGUGGAUACAUGGCGCGCUAGUAUGACAUUGUACCUUGACAAUCUGAAGUGGUUGCUUAGCUUAGAACAUCACAGGUUUUGGAGUGUAGUUAUCUAUCACCCAAAGUGCAUGGACGCUCUAGUGUCAUUCCUACAAGAGUCCAAUCCUCCAUACAUGCCGCCGUAUGAGAACACAGAGGUUCAAACAUUAUAUGGAGAUAUACGGAAAUACAUAUUCAUUGUAUUCAGUAGACUAAUCACUAAUAAGGAAAGCAAGACGGAAUGGAUGACCAAGGAGCACAUGUCAGCACUGAUAUACAACAAGUUCGUGUUCACGAUCCCCAUAUUAUGGGACCUGUGCUUGGAGUAUGGAGUGGACAAUAAGCAGCACAUGUCGAGGCUGAUGGCCAGCGUGUUCACGCUGCAGCCGCAGUACGAGACUGAUGCGAAGACUGCCCUCGCCUUUGUUACUGAGGCAUUCAAGUACAUAAUCCUGCAAGUGAACAAGGACUACGACAGUGACGAACCGCCGAACCUUCCAGAAACAUUCAAUGGGUUCAGUGAGAUCCACCGGCCUGGUAACAGUAAACACAACGACAAACUCACAUUCAACAUACUCCAGGAUUUGAUCAUACACCUGCUAGACACCGCUAUGACGUUGCGAUUGUUCCUAGAAGUCUACCCGAAAAGCGUCAAAGUAUUUCGGGAAACGAAUUUUGUGAAUAGUAUAGUACAAAUGUACGAGUACGGUAUACCUAUGUUGUAUACGAAGCUGAAGGAGGUCGGGGACCGGCGGAGCACGGGCUACCCCGCGGCGGAGCGCCACAUCGCCAUGGCGCGCGGCGAGCUCGUCGACAUGUUCCGGGAGGUACUCGCGCACUACAAAAACGCUAUCUUCAGUGGACAAGACAACGUAUCAUUGUACGUGGAACAGUAUCUCUCGGCCAUGAUGGACGCCCUUUCAGAGCGGCUGUUCAUGCGAGACUACAACGCGUGCUACCCCGUGCACGAGGACAUCGAAAUGCUACGACAGGCGUACCCGGAGAUUGACACAGUAAAGACGGACUUCAUACUACAAGCAAUUUACUCCAACCUCUACGAUGAGUACUCCACCAAUCAGGACGCGAUGACCAACGGCCAUUAUGGUUCCUCCUCAGAUUCUGAUUCGGAUAGCGAUUCGGAUUCGGAAUUGGAAUCGGAAGUAGAAAAUACAGAUAACAAAAUACCCGAUCAUUUAAAACAGGAGUCAUUGAUCACGGAAGUCAGAGAUAUACUGCCACAUUUAGGGGACGGAUUCAUUUUAAAAUGUCUCGAACAUUACGGGUUUGAUUCUGCGAAAGUUAUUAACAGAAUCUUUGAAGAUAAUUUGGAUCUGUGUUUGAAAGAUAUAGACCCAUCUCUCCCGAUUAUUCCUGAGGAUCCUCUCGACAAGCAAUUCUUAGAGACAGGAGUGGCGAGACUGAACGUGUUCGACGGCGACGAAUUCGACGUGAUGGUGCGUGAUGACGUGGACCUAUCCAGGAUACACGAUGGCAAGAAGAAGUCCAAAUAUGCGGACCUGAAGGAUGUGCUUGCUGAUAAAUCUGAAGUCAGAAAUAUGGGCGAUUUCUAUAGCAAGUACAGCCUGGUAUGCGAUGACUCGAUGUAUUCGGACGAGUAUGACGACUCGUACGACGCGAUGGCGACGCCUGCGCCGGUGUCGGACAACACCGACAUGCGCCGGCCCUUCGUCACGCCACGCGCGCUGCGGGGCAGGCAGGACGGGGACUACGAGGAGUCAUCAGAAGAAUCGUCAGAAGAAGAAGAAGAGGCGCAGCAGCCGAGCAGCAGCAGUAGGAACCGCAUGGACUUCUGUGUCAACCCUGAAGAGGUCAGGGCGCGGAGGGAGGCUGCCUGGCAGGCGCGCCGGGGCAAGGGGCAUCGCCCACCGCCUACACCCAAGUCAACGGACGUCACUGGCAAGCCCAAAGGCCAAGGACAAGAAAAGGAGGUGCUUAACAACAGAGAUCGUAAGGAGAAGCACAAGUCCUCGCGAGCCAACCACAACCGCCGCUCCGGGGCACAGUGGAAGCGCAGCCAGGGGAUGAUGCCUUCAUAGUGCACGCAUACACAAUCAUCAGGCCUCAUACAUCUUUUCCAGGUGAUUUUAGUAACUGUAGACUUAUCGGUCUAAGAAAUAUUAACAUAUAAACAGCCUAUAUCCGUCCCACUGCUGGACACAGGCCUCCCCUCAAUCAACCGGAGGCGGUAUGGAGCAUAUUUCACCACGCUGCUCCACUGCGGGUCGGUGGAGGUGUAUUAACAGCUAAUAACCCGAGCCAACGGCUUAACGUGCCCUCCGAAGCACGGAAUUUUAACAGACAAUAAGGUGAUUCAAGCCUGUGAAGCCUUUACCAAAAAAAGGACGGUCUCACAAAGUGAUUUUGACAAUGUCCCCAUCGGGAAUCGAACUUGGAUCUCCAGAUCGUGAGCCUAAUGCUCUAACCACUAGAUCACGGAGGCUAAGAAAUCAUCAUCAUUAUUAUCAGCCGUACGACGCCCACUGCUGGGCAUAGGCCUCCCCCAAAGAUCUCCACGACAAUCGGUCCUGCGCUGCCCGCAUCCAGCAGCUUCCCGCGACCUUCACCAGAUCGUCGGUCCACCUUGUAGCGGGCCUACCCACUGAGCGUCGUCCGACACGUGGUCGCCAUUCUAGAACCCUUCCGCCUCAGCGGCCAUCGGUUCUUCUCGCUAUGUGUCCUGCCCACUGCCACUUCAGCUUGGCAAUUCUCCGAGCUAUGUCGGUGACUUUAGUUCUCCUGCGGAUCUCCUCGGAUCGGCUAAGAUAUAUUAGUACUCAAUAUUCUAGAUAGAUGACGCCGGAGUCGGCUUAAUGACGAUACAUAGAUCGAAGAAUUUCUCAUGGACAGGAGGAGGACCUGGUGGUGUAAUGGUUAGUACGCUCGUCCCGGUUUGACAAGAGCUGCGGGUUCAAUCCAAGUCAGAUUUUUUUUCUCUUUGUGAUUUAUACAGUGUCUAGUAGGCCCUUUUUUCAAGACUACAUAAGCCAAUGCGAGUGCGGCUAACCACACGCUCUGCAGAGAUAUAAUAAGUAUAUUAUACCUAUGCCAUCGCUGUCCCUUUCCUUGCGUAUUUCACUGUAAGUGAACGAGAGAGACGACUGUAGAAAAUAUAGCCACUUUAAAAAGAUGUUAUAAGCAUAGAAUAAGGAAUAAUACUACGUAUAGAAUGGCAACUCUUCGCUCCCCACCAGCGUCUGAGCUAGGUUUACCUCACCCCCUCGAACGUAGUUUAGACUUGACUCGUAUGGUGUCAGACUUCACACAUACAGAAGCGCGUGUAUGGUAACGUCAAUGUGUGGUGUCUGUGUAAAACGAGGUUGUUUGUAUGAAGUGUCCGGGUUGUGAUAUAAGGUAUCCAUGUUAAUACUACUUGAGUAUUGUUAAUAAUUUAUUGAUUUAUACCUCGUUUAUACUUCGUGUUGUUAUCUGUUAAGCAAUUUGGCUAUUUGAUAUUGAGUCAUUUUUAAGAAAACGAAAUCACAAUCGAAUAUUUGCACUUAGGGUGGUAUCAAUAAACUUAUACCAUACUUGUUGCCAAGUUUUGGGCCGGUACUAUUUAGUUUGCCAUCGACACGAUAAGAAAAAUAAACUAACUUCAACUUUAUGGUUGUACGGUCACGAGCAUUAAUAUGUAUACACUUUGGUACCAUGUCACAUUAACUUUUUUGACAAAUUGAACUGUAAGUCUCACUAAAUGUCAAAUAUGUUAGUGCGACAGAGUCUUAUAGUGGGCACAUAAUAUUGCUCAUGACUGUACGGCAACCGGUCGUCAUAAAGUAGAGACAACCAUUACUGCCAAUGUCAAGUACAGGAACCACAUUUGUCCAUAGAGAAUGUCUAUAUAAGUGCGUCCAAAGGUCGACAAAGGUAUCACAUAUUUCCUGAAACAGGAAAACACAACACCACAUAUAAGCACAUAAAAACAAAACAAACAACACAAGACGUGAUUAAUAUUGGUUAAUGUCAGCUUCGAAUCAGCCUUCAUUAUCAUGUCAAUGUGACAGUUCUUAUAUAAAAACAGGGACUUGAGUUUAGUCUUCAUGGUCUUGAGGGCAGUCUCAGCUGAGAUCAGUUUAUUAAUACCACCCUUAGUGUAUGUAUUAUACAGGGUGUGAGUGACACCGUAACGAAUACUGAGGGGUAUGAUUCAGCUCAUGAUUCCGAGUUAAUGUCAAGUGGUGGUACUAUUUUUGUUCUGUAAGUAACUGUUUUGUUUAUGGUGAAAAUUUAUUUAUUUAUUUAUUGCCAGUGACAAAUAAAAGUAUACAUAAUGGAAUUGGACUUUUUGGCGGGAACGGAAACGGGACGGUUGCUUUCUUCAUUGAAUAAUCUAAAUAAUUAUUACGAAGUGGUGUUUUGUGGUUAGUGAUCGCAUUAAGUUAUUCGGAGAAAAAGUAAGUAAGUAAGUAAAAUCUUUAUUUCCUCUACAAAAAAUAAAACACAUGGAUACAUAAAUACACACAAAAAUACAAUAUUUGUAGAGGCUGGAGCCUAAACUAGGAUACCCUGUGUUUUAGGACACCAGGCCUCCACCCCCAACAUUCGCGAUAGUGUUAUUAUAUCGGAAUAUUCAAUAAAGUGUACCUAUUUUCACUUCAUGCCAACAAGCCGCUUCAUAACCAACCGUUUGGGGUUCGGAUUAGGAGUCUGCUCCGAGGGUGGGGGCUUACGUUUCAUCAUUCAUCGUCAUCACCUUUCAUCAUUUCAUUAAACAUCAUCAAGAAAUGAAAUGAAAUUACAAAAAAAAACACAAGACAAAAAAAAUACAUAAGACAUGGCUGUAUGGGCAUAGUUCCCUUUGCCUUGCCCUUCGGGGAAAACCAAAACAAACAUAAUGGAAUUAAUUUUCGGUAACAAAAAUCAUGAUUUCUUUUAUAAAUUAUUUUCAAUUCCAUUUUGCGAUGAAUAGUUCCGCUUGAUAUUAACUCAGAAUCAUCCCUCUCAGUAUUCUGUACGGUGUCACAACGCCCUAUAUAAAAUAAUGCCUAUUAUUAUAUAAUAAUCAUGUCAAUUUAUAGAACAUUGAAAUUAUCUGUACUUAAAUGCUUUUAAGAAACUAAAGAGUCUGUGUUACUAGUGUAAUUCCUGUAGACACCAUCUAAUUUUAUUUUAAGUUGUACCUGUCAUUCGACAAGCAUAAAAUUUAUGAAACACACGUCAAUUUUAUGCAGAAAUUAAAAAAGUCUAAACAGAAUUAAGUUGACAGCACACGUCAAUCGGGUUGCAUAUCAGCAUGACAUUUAUUCGCCCAGGUUUUUCAUUCAUUCACUCAUUCAUUUUAAAAUUAACAGCUGUCAAUCAUCCGUCCCUUUCCUUUUCGGCGGAUAAGAAAAUGACAGAUAUAACUUAAAAUAAAAUUAGAUGGUGUCUAUAGGAAUUAGUGCCAUUUUGUUAGGACUAUUUUGUUAAAUAUUGUUAAGCAUAUAUAGACAAAUGCGUAUAUCUAUAUUUCUGCCGUAACAGCCAUACACGUGGUGGUUCGGUCAAUAAAAUUGUAUAAUAUAUAAUAAUAAAUUGUAUAAAUUCCUGUGUUCCAAUAAUUAUGUCUAUAACCUAUUGUAUAUACUAAACAAAUAAAUAAAUCAUUCACAGUAUACUUCACAUAUUUACUUAAACUCACGCCCGAUGUGCCUAACGGGAUGGGCAGAGCCACAAAUAAUCGGAGUCAACUUGCACCCACUGUUGAUGCGAAGACCCUAAGAUGGAUAUUAUGAACAUUUCUGUGACAAAUCAGCCUAUCGCCCAUAACCAGUAAUGUGCCGUUCCAGGGAAUAUUCCAAGAGUGCGAAGGUUCCGUUGUAAAAACUUUGUUUUCAAAUUUCAAAUUGUUAAUGUUGAAAUGGAACGCAAUCUUAGUUCCUAUUUUCGUCACGUGUGGCGCUGUUGUUUUUCCCUCCUUUUGUGUCAUACCAAACCGUUGUACAUUGUUCUGUUCUUUUAACAUAAUUAUUUACCGAAAAAUAUUAUAUUUAUAUCUUUUAUUCACGCCAUCCAAAUCACAACAGUUAUUUCUUGUACUCUGGUCUUAUCUGUCUAAAGGUUAGGUAGGUAAUAAAGCUAUUUUUACAUAAGUUUUGUGCCUUUUUACUGCCGGGAACAUUCCCAAAGGGACCAGCACAUCACGGCCCUUAACUGUUGUACAUUCACUUAUUGUCAAUAAAAAUGUAUGAUUAUAUUUAUUUAAUAUUUAUUAAAUACAGGGAUAGUUGUAAUGCCAUGUCAAGUGAUAUAUCUAUUUAGAUUAUUAUAUUGGCCUCGAUUCCUGCAGACACCUCCUAAUUUUAUUUUAAGUUAUACCUGUCAUUUUCUUAUCCACCGAAAAGAAAAGAGACGGAUGAAUGACAACUGUUAAUUUUAAAAUGAACGAGUGAAUCAAUGAAUUACCCGGGUGAAUCAAAUAGGUAUCUUGUUGGUAUGCAAACCGUUUGAUUGUGCUGUCAACUUAAUUAGGUCGGGGUUAUUAGCCAAUGUAAAAUUUUUAGAGGGUUGUUUUAGUUUUUGUGCCUAAAAUUGACGUGUUUCAUAAAUUUUAUGCCUGACGAUUACCCGUCCCUUUUCUUUUUGGCGGAUAAGAAAAGGACAGGUAUAACUUAAAAUAAAAUUAGGAGGUGUGUACAGGAAUCAGCACCAUAUUGGUGAUAUUUAUAUUGUCUAUACUGUAAGAUUAAUUAAUAAUUGCUAAUAAAAUAUUUAUUACACAAACAAAA